AUGACCAAAGACAUCAGACACACAUCCUACAUCUCACGCCUCCAAACCCUCCCGGACCUAGAUAGCUCCUCCAAACGCACCCUCCUCUGCUCCAUCGCCACCGACAUCACAGCCACCUUCAUCUGCAUCUCCAAGCACAUCGAAAACGGUACUCUGAGCGAUGAGCACACAGCCUCCAUCGAGAGCGUCAUCGACAUCAUCAAGGGAACGGAGGCUUCGCAGCGCCGGAUGCUAGAGCGGAAGGUGAAGCGGUAUACGCGGCUGGCGCGACGGCUGAAGAGUGAGAGGGAAUGGAUGCGGAAGGAGUUUGGCGAGUUGGUGAAGCGAGCGGAUGCAGUCAAUUUACGGUGGAGGAAGAGAGUGUGGGAUCUAGAGGUGAUGAAUAAGGCGAUGAGAAGGGAGUUGGUGAAAAAAGUAGAUAUCAAAGUAUGGGGAUAG